AUGUUAUUUCAACAGGUGGUAGGAUUGGUCUGCUGUUUGUCGCUCGUUCUGGCGAAAACACAUACAUUCAACUUCACAGCUUCUUAUAUAACCGCCAAUCCAGAUGGUGUUAAAGAUAAAAAAGUGAUUUCCUUCAAUAAACAAUGGCCACCACCAGAAAUACACAUCAACAAGGGAGAUAGAGUUGAGUUAUAUUUGACAAAUGGUCUAGAAACAAAGAAUACUUCAUUGCAUUUCCAUGGGUUGUUUCAAAACGGCUCAAACUUUAUGGAUGGUCCAGAAUGGGUUACACAAUGUCCAAUUCAACCUGGUGAUACAUACUUAUACAACUUUACUGUGGAUCAAGUUGGUUCUUAUUGGUAUCAUUCACACAGUGGUGCUCAAUAUGGUGAUGGUAUGAGGGGUGCUUUCAUUGUACAUGACGAUAAAGAACCUUUCAAGUAUGAUGAAGAGAAGGUAAUUACCAUCUCUGAAAUUUAUCACGAUCAAUAUUAUGACAUCUUUGGUGAAUUUUUGAACAGAUAUAACCCAACAGGUGCAGAGCCAAUCCCACAAAACUUGCUUCUCAAUGAUACUGCCAACUCAACCAUAUAUUUUGAACCAAAGAAAACUUAUUUGUUAAGAUUUAUCAACGUGGGUUUAUUUGUUUCACAAUAUCUGUAUAUUGAAGAUCAUGAAUUGACAAUUGUGGAAAUUGAUGGUGUUUAUGUUGAACCUUUCAAAGCAAGUCAUUUAUAUAUGACUGUUGGUCAAAGAUAUGCUGUUCUUGUUACCGCUAAAGAUCAUAAAGAUAAGAAUUAUGCUAUUGUUCAAGGAUUCGAUGAUACUAUGCUGGAUGUUAUCCCAGAUGAUUUGAGAUUAAACGCUACAAGCUAUUUGGUUUAUGAUGAUGAAAAACCAUUACCAAAAGAAUAUAAAAUCAAUGAUCUGGCUUUCAAUGAUUAUGAUUUAACACCCUUAGACAAGGAAGAAUUAUAUGAUGAUUACGAUUAUCAAAUCACUCUAGAUGUUGUGAUGGAUAAUUUAGGUGACGGUGUAAACUAUGCAUUCUUCAAUAACAUCACAUACACUCAUCCAGUCACACCAACUAUAAUUACUGCCUUAACAGCCUCAAAAGAACACGUUACAAACCCAAGAAUCUAUGGUUCAAAUAUUAAUGCUUUUGUUUUACAACCAAAUGAAAUUGUGGAGGUUGUUGUUAAUAACCACGAUGACGGUAGACAUCCAUUUCAUUUACAUGGUCAUACUUUUCAAGUUAUUCAAAAAUCCAAAUCUUUUGAUGAUGAACCUGUUCCAUAUGAUGAAAAUGAUCAUGAACCAUUCCCAAAAUAUCCAAUAAGAAGAGACACUGUAAACUUGGAACCAAAUGGACAUAUCGUAUUGAGAUUUAAGACUGAUAAUCCAGGUAUUUGGUUCUUUCAUUGUCAUGUUGAUUGGCAUUUAGAGCAAGGUUUAGCUGCUGUUUUUAUUGAAGAUCCUCUAUCUCUUCAAAAUCAAAAGCCACCACAAGACUUUUAUGAUAAUUGUAUUGCCAGUGGUAUUCCAAUCGAAGGUAAUGCAGCUGGUAAUAAAGAUUUUUUCAAUAUGACUGGUGAAAAUCUCCAAUCACAACCAUUACCAGAAGGUUUUACUUUGAAAGGUUAUCUUGCCUUUGCUAUCUCAACAUUUGCAGGUUUAUAUGGUCUAUGGUCAAUUAUACAAUAUGGUCUAGAAGAUUCUGUCCAAUAUGAUGAAAAGAUUUUCAACAAUUUAGAAAAGAUUUUGCAUGAAAAUAAUCUAAUUCAAGAAGCCGAUCAAGUUGCUGCUGAUGCUGAAGUUAACGAACAUACACAUCUGUCCAGAGGUGAAGAGUAG